GCCUCCUUGUGUUGGUGGAGAAUGUCUGGAGCAGCAUUUAAAUUCUGAGAGGGCUUCAUUGUCAGCAGCAAGAAGAGAGAGCAAGGAGUGCAGCCUUGUCUGGUACUGGACUCUCCUCAGCCAGCCGCAGACCUGGGACAAAUCAGCACCAUGAGAAUUGCAGUGAUUUGCUUCAGCCUCUUAGGCAUUGCCUGCACCCUUCCAGUUAAACAAGCUGAUUCACGGAGCUCUGAGGAAAAGCAGCUUUACCAGAAAUACCCAGAUGCUGUAGCCUCAUGGCUAAAAUCUGACCCAUCUCACAAGCAGACUCUCCUAGCACUACAGAAUACAGUGUCCUCUGAAGAAACUGAUGACUUCAAACAAGAGACCCUCCCAAGUAAGUCCAAUGAAAGCCAUGAUGACGUGGAUGAUGAAGAGGACGGAGACAACAGGGACAGCCAGGACUCCGCUGACGCCAGCGAGUCAGAUGACACGGAUCACACGGAUGACCCUGACGAUUCUGAUGAGUCAGAUGAACUAGUCACUGACGUUCCAGCAACCCCCGUGUUCACCCCAGCUGACCCUACAGGAGACACAAAUGACGGCCGAGGCGAUAGUGUGGCUUAUGGACUGAGGUCCAAAUCUAAGAAGUUCUACAGAUCUGCACUCCAGUACCCUGAUGCUAAAGAGGAGGACCUCACUUCGCAAAUGGAAAGCAAGGAGAUAGGUAAAGCACGCAAGGCCACCCUUGUUGCUCGGAGCCUGCGCGUGCCUUCUGGCUGGGACAGCCAGGAAACAAGUCAGCUGGAUGACCAUAGUCGGAGUGCGGAAACAAACAGCCAAGAGUAUUCCAAAGAAUAUACGCUGAAGGCAAAGGAUGGAAGCAAUGAGCAUGCUGAUGUGAUUGGUAAUAAGGAAGAUUCCAAAGUCAGCCAAGAAUUUAGCCAUGAAGACAAGCUAGUCUUUGUGAAAUUCCACACUUCUCAUGAAUUAGAUAGUGAAUCUUCUGAGGCCAAUUAAAAAAAUAAAAAUAUAAUUUCUUUGCUUUUAGUGAAAAGAAAAAAAUACAUUAUAGCAGGGUGGGAGAGAAUAUGAAUUGCUUAUUUCUCAGCGUAGUUAGUGAAUGUAUAUGUAUAUGGAUCUGGAAAUAAUGUUUUUGAUCAUUAGUCUAGUGUGUGGCUUCAUGGUAACACCCUUGUAAACUAAAAGGCUUCAGGGUUUGGUCUAUAUUCUUUCCAAAUAAGAAAUGCAAACUAUAACUGCCUUUUAAUGUUUGCUAUUCUUUUAUGAAUAGAAAUUUAUGUAGAAGCAAACAAAAUACUUUUUGUAGAAGCAUAGAAUACUUUUACACACGUAUAAGAGAGAAUAUAAAAUUUUUUGUCACUGUAAUCUUUUGGUUUUUUAAUUAGUGUAUAUUUUGUUGUGAUUAUUUUUGUUCGUGUGAAUAAAUCAUCUAGUUCAAAUCUACUAAGAA